AGAACCGGUGCGCGCCUGCGCAGGAAGCGGCGGCGCUGGGCAGUGAAGUUGGUCAAAGCGCCGGGGAUAAGAUGCAUAAGCUUAAAUCGUCUCAGAAGGACAAGGUCCGCCAGUUUAUGGCAUUUACCCAGGCUGGUGAAAGGACUGCUAUAUAUUGCUUAAUGCAGAAUGAGUGGAAACUAGAAGUGGCAACAGACAACUACUUCCAGAACCCAGACUUGUACUACAAAGAAUCCAUGAAAAAUUCAAUAGACAGAAAGAAAUUAGAACAAUUGUAUAACAGGUACAAAGACCCACAGGAUGAAAAUAAAAUUGGUAUUGAUGGAAUUCAGCAGUUUUGUGAUGAUUUAAGCCUGGACCCUGCCAGUAUCAGCGUCUUGGUCAUAGCAUGGAAGUUCAGGGCAGCCACUCAAUGUGAAUUCAGUAAAAAGGAAUUUGUAGAUGGCAUGACAGAGUUGGGGUGUGACACCACAGACAAGCUAAAAGCUCUAUUGCCAAGAUUGGAACAAGAGCUAAAGGAUCCAAUAAAGUUCAAAGAUUUUUAUCAGUUUACCUUUACCUUUGCUAAAAACCCUGGACAAAAAGGUUUAGAUUUAGAAAUGGCAAUUGCAUAUUGGAAUUUAGUCUUAUCGGGAAGGUUUAAAUUUUUAGCUCUUUGGAAUAAAUUUUUGUUGGAACACCAUAAAAGAUCAAUCCCAAAAGAUACUUGGAAUCUUCUGUUAGACUUUGGAAAUAUGAUUGCAGAUGAUAUGUCAAACUAUGAUGAAGAAGGAGCAUGGCCUGUUCUCAUAGAUGAUUUUGUGGAAUAUGCACGACCAGUAGUCACAGGAGUAAAGCGUAAAACCUCCUAACCACAGACACUUCCAAAUGGACUAAGUUUGCAGUCUGAACUCUAUCAGGUAAUGAAGACCUUUUCGUCAAUAACUGUGCACACCGUCACUGGUUUCAAUGGUCGUGGCAAGAUGCCACUGACAAAACUUGAAAUUGCUCCUUUCCGCCUAAAGAAAAUGAUGGCUGACUCAUGGACACAGCAAGAAGAAACUCAAGAUAGCCCAGGCUGUUCAUAGGAUAUUGGCUUCAAUUAUUGUGCUGGUUGUAUCAUAUAGGAUGUAGAUUUUGCAUGAUUUUAUACUUUGGGGAAGUUUAACUAGAGGCCAUUUUAAAGUUUUGACAGCACGGCAUGCCAUUCAGUUCAUGAUCCAAGAUGAACACCAGCAGUUACAUAAUUAAAACUGUAUUAUAUUGUACUUAUAUUAAAAGCAGUAUUUGUGGUAUAUAAAUUAAAUCCCUAAAUAAAACUUAUGUAGUAUGUUGUAUUUUUAUACAAGUCAGCUCUGUGUAAGUAUCUGCCCUAAUAUAAACUUGUAACAAAAAACUUACUGACACUUUUUUUCUUGGUGCCAGGAUUCUAGAUUUA